AUGCGCGCAACAAUCCACCUCAUCCGCCACGCCGAAGGCGAACACAACCUCCCCUCCGCACCCCCCAAUCUAACCGACCCACUCCUAACACCCCACGGCCGGUCCCAAUGCCUCACACUCCGAUCCGCGGCAUCACAAAUCCAUCCACGGAUCUCCCUAAUCACGGCAUCUCCAAUGACCCGAACCCUCCAAACAGCCUAUCUAGCAUUCGAACCUGCCCUGGCAAACGGGCACUGCAAGCCCAAGAUCCUCGCUCUCCCUGACGCGCAGGAAGUAUGCGAUUAUCCGUUCAAUACGGGGUCGGAUCUCCCCAUCUUACGUGAACGAGUGUCCCCGGCACAUCUGAACAUCCCUGUGGAUCUAUCCCGUGUCACCGAAGGAUGGAAUACCAAGGCCCCUGGGUCACGAUAUUAUCCCUCGCGAGUGGCGCUGAAAGCUCGAGCUCGGGACUGUCGGAAGCAGCUAUUCGAUCUUGCAAGUGAGUUGCACGAUGAAGGGGUUAAGGAACCAGAGAUCGUGGUCGUAGCGCAUGUGAGCAUUUUGCAUUUCCUCACGCAGGAUUGGGAAGAUGCGGGAAAGUUCAAUGGGGGUGGGUGGAGCAAUGCGGAGAUGAGGUCUUACGAUCUGAAGCUGGAUGAGGACGGAGCUGGAGUUGCGCUGGUUGAGACGCCUGAGUCGAGACGGGGCCGAGGGAAGGACGGGGUGGCUUUUUCGGCAGAUGAGCAGGAACAGAUGUUUGAGAGGGCUAUGAUUGAGUGGGAGGAGCAGGGGCUUCAUCCUAUCCAUUAA